ACAUCUCAGCUGUUAGGCAGUCGGUCAGUAUGGCCACGCCCAUUUCUGCGUGAAACGGCCGCCAGUGGGUUAAUAGGGACAAUUUUUAAAUAUUGCUAUUACAAACUUAGAAAGUUGAUGGAAUAACAGAUUGUACAUUAGCACGAAUUUUCGAGUUUGAAGUCUGUUACUGUAACUCGAACGACUGUCAUUUAUUAACUUCAAUCCUUAAUACUUUGCCAGAAAACUUAACAUUUUACGAAGGCGGACCUAAAAUCACGGCAAAAAUGUGUAGAUUCUGCGAAAAUGCGGAGAGUUGUACAGUAAUAUUCUAAUGAGGCAGACUGAAGUGUGUGAUUACAUGACUGAUGUACCAUGAACCAAACACUGGUAAAGGUGAAGGCCGCAGACGGCAGAGACGUGGCUUCCUUUUGCAUAGAUCAGCGGAGGGAGUGUGUUCGGGAUCUGAAGAAAGCUGCGUUCGAAACCGGCUGCUGCGGACUCCAGCUUGAGGAGAUGUGCCUUAUUACUGGGUGGUCGCAAAAUCUGGACAAAAAACAGUCCAACUCACCAAGUCCGGAAAAAAGGCACUCCAACUCGCAAGGGGUACUGCAUCAGCGAGUGGAAGGUGAUGAGGAGAAGACAUGCGACAUUGACAUCUGGGAACUCAGUGGCAGGCCACAGUCGGAUGAAGUUCCUGUCGAAGUUGCAGUUGGUGGCACCACCCGGGGAGCGGCUUGUUUAACUAGGAGGUAUGAAAAGACCCCUUCUGGCGAAGAACAUCUCUUGGUGUUUGCACCUGUACCGGGCGAUGGGACCAGGUAUGCAGCGCUCUGGGUUAGAAGGUCCCACCGGGUGGGGCAGGUGAAGGACUGCCUGCUGACAUGGCUGGGACUGUCAGGGGAAGGUGAGAGGUACGUGCUUCGCAGUGGUAAGGACACUUUGCCAGAUGAGAAGACCCUAAAAGAAUGUCGGAUUCAGGCGGAAAGUCUGCUGUGGAUAGAGCCUGCCCACCAGCUAGAGCACAUUCCGGUGACAGCAGAGGGGUGUUGGUGGAAAGACUCGGUGCAGGUAAUGGUACCCCCAGAGGAGACCCUGCUGUCAAUGAGAAGGCGGAUCCUGGACGCCCUAACAUGGCAACCCAGGCUGUCUAAUGCAUGGAAACCUGAGAAACCGCAGCCCGAAACCUUAAACUACUGGCUCUUGGAAAAAACGCUUCCUGUUGUCAUUAUUUGUGGUCAAGAAAGUUACCCGAAUUUGACUCAUAGUCUCAGGGACAGCGGUGUAAAUUCAAAUAGCGAGAUACUAGUAACACGCUAUCCUCCUUGGUUUGGCAUCUAUGAAGGUCGGAUAGAUGAGAUAGUGGUUUAUGUUCACAACAAAGUACUGAAGACUAGCGAGUGUUGCAGACCCUCAGAUACUGUCACCUGUAGGAUGAAGCGCACCCCUUCGAGAGGUGGCAGAAUGAAGGAGUUGCUGCAGGCCUACUCUUGUUGUUUUAAAAGAAAAUAAAUGAUUUGGUGAGAAGCUCAUUCCUUUGCUGCAGUAUUCUAACCGAUGGGUUUUCAUAAUGGUGACAUGCUGAGGCUGUAGCAGUCUGGCUAACAGGAAUCCUGGUAGAACUGCCCUGGGGAAGGUGUUGGUUUUUAAUCAUUUUUUUUUAGUAGUGAACUACUUUGAUUACUACAAGACUUCAAGUAAUUAUAUUUAUGAUUACAUUUAUGUUUAA